AUCAUUAUUCUAUGGAUCACUGUGCUGAGGAAAAAUAAAAAGUUAAUUUAUUUUUGUUGAUUUAUCAUCUUCACCCAGUCAUCAAUUACAUCUAAUUCGGUUCAUAUGUGAAGUGGAACAUGGAAACUACCGUAAAAGAUGAAAACUCCAAUAGCUGCAAUAAUAUGGAAAAGUGCUAUGAAAAUUAUAUUUUGAUAGAUAUUGGGGCGAAUUUAACUAAUAAGAAAUACUCUCGAGAUUUGGAUGCUGUUAUACAAAGGGCAAAAGAUUCAGGAGUUCAAAAAAUAAUGGUUACUGGUACAUCAGUGAAAGCAAGUAAGGAGGCUUUAAGAUUAACAAGAAUAUAUCCUGAAACACUGUAUUCAACUGCAGGUAUCCAUCCUCAUGAUGCCAAAUCAUUUGAUGAAGAUGAAUGGCUGGAUUUGAAAAACAUUGCUUCUAGUCCAGAAUGUGUAGCUAUAGGAGAAUGUGGUCUAGAUUUUAACAGAAAUUUUUCAGAGCCAGAAGUACAAAAAGAGGUUUUUAGAAAACAUGUCGAAUUAGCAAUAGAGCUGAACAAACCACUAUUUGUCCAUGAAAGAGAUGCUUAUGAUGAUUUACAUAAGAUAUUAGAUGAAUAUUCUGGAAAACUGCCACCAGUCGUGAUACAUUGUUUUACUGGAACUGAUCAACAAGCACUAGGAUAUCUGAGUAAAGAUUUUUACAUAGGAUUAACAGGAUACCUUUGUAAAGAUAAAUCAGACAGUGGUGUGAGAAAAUUACUUUCAGAAGGUGGCAUUCCUUUGGAUAGAUUAUUGGUGGAAACUGAUGCUCCUUUUAUGUAUCCGAAUAUACGGGCUUCAAAAUUACCGGCACAAGUAAAAGACAGUCUGACAGAAAGGUCAUCAACAUUUCUGAACCGAUAUUGUACAUUUCAAAGGAAUGAACCUUGCUCCUUGCCAGUUAUUGUGGAAAUGAUAGCAGCUUUUAUGAAAAAACGACCAGAAGAUGUAGCUUUGUCUACAUCAUUUAACGCACUUAAACUAUUUGGUUUAUCUCAAUAACAAAAAUUCCCCAUUUCAAAAUAAAUAAUAGGGAAUUUUUGAUGAUCUUCAUAUUUAAUUAUGGGUUGGAUUUUUAUUUGAAUCGGUUAUCUUCUCUGAUUCCUAAAAGUUAUAUCAGAUUCCUCAAAUCUUGUGAAAUACUUUCCAAAAAACUUGCCUCUUGCCUUACUUGUGUAAUAUGACAAUAUAUUUUUGUAAAAAUAUAAAGUAUUUAUAGAUAGCUAUUUCAGGAAUAUAUUUAAACAAAGGUGCUGAAUUGUUGCUACAUAGUAUCAGAAUUUUUUUUUUGAGGUCAUGUAAGCCAUUUAUGUGAUCAAUUUUUUUUUUAUAUUACAUACAUGUUCUUUAACUUUUGAUAGAUUAUAUAUGAUAAUUCAUCAAACAUCAUAUCAAUUAAACGAUUCUUCCAAAGAAUAGUAAUUCAAAUGUUGAAAAAUAAAAUUUCUUUAUUUUGUUUUCCAAAGUAUUCGAAAUUCUGAUGCAAUGUAACCUAAUUUUUAUACAUAUAUAUAUUUAUAUAUACAGGGUUUUUUUGAUUUGUACAUGUAUUUCAAUUCUAUAUUCCCAAAGGCAUCUAUUCUGCACAUCAUUUUCGCCGAUUUGUAUUGGUUAAAAUUAUAUAUGUUGUUGUUUCAAUUUAUUUAAAUUCAAGAUAUAUUGCCUAAUUGUUUAAUUAGGCAAGAUAUUGAAAAAUAUAAUAUGUGCAAAUCAAAUACUCUUUGGAUAUACUGUUAAUGCUCAAUUUGAAAACGAAAAUUUAUUUCAAUAUUCUUGUUAUUAUAGAUUCUAACUGAAUAUCUAAAAUCAUAGUUGCAAUACGCUUAACCUUUUCAAGAUUUUAUUUUGACUGAUUUUUAUGCCGCUUUCUUAGCAAAUUUGUUCCUAUAUUAUUCACAUGUUAAUCUAUAGUGAAAUAUAUAAUUAUUUGAAUUCUAUUUAUUGUCCAAGCAAAUCUUAUUCUUCUCAAGGAUUGUAAAAAAAGUUAAAUUAAAAUUAAUUGCCUUGUCUUCUGGAAAUAAAUAUAUUUGAGAUUUUU